CGCCGUGUGGGGCACGUGGGGGUGGGGGGAGCGCAGCGGAGGUGGCCACAUGACCGGGCGGGCGGCGAGCCAAGGCGGCCGGUCUGGGUCUCCCCCUCCUCCGCCUCCGCCGCCGCCCGCCCGCCUACAAAUGCAAGCGGGCCGCGGCGGGGCUGCUGCUGCUGCUGCUGCUGCGUUCCCUGCUCCGGCGCUGCAAGUCUCCCCGCUGGCGGCUGCCUGGCGCGGCGGCGGCGGCUCCUUCUCGGCCCUCGGAGGCGGCGCGAUGGGCGGGCGGCGCUGGCUGCUGGCGCUGCUGCUGCUGCUGCUCGGGCUGGCGCUCAGCCCCGGCUCCGGAGGGCCACUGUCCGAAGCGUCUGACGGGAAGGACCUUGCAGAGGGGCACGUCCGAAGCCCGGUGCACCCCAAGGGGGUCCGGAGUGCCGUGGGGCAUCGUCCGAAUGGCUGGCGGAAGUACCGGCGCCCUCGCCCCCGCCUCUCGCACAAAGGACCCAUGCCGUUCUAGACCAGGCUCAGCACCCUCCUCCGUGUCCAGCGCUCCCAGCUCAUCGUCGACACCUCUGGCUGGGACGGCGCGGAGUGUCGGGGCGGGGGGGGGGUGCUGCUGCAUUGCCCUCCGCCUGGGGGCGCGUCUCCCUGCCCCUCUCUGUGCCUUGCCACGUGGCCCCCUGCAGCACCCGAGGCCUAGAAGAGGUUUGGCGUCCCCAGCAAGAGCAGCAGCAGGAGGAGGAGAAGGCAGCGGCGGCCGCCAUGGGCCACGAUGGGGCUGCAGGGGCCGUCCCUUUGCCCUGGCUUGAGGGAUGCCCCGGAGUGCAGUCCAGCCAGCCCUGGGCCGGGGUGGGGAGGGGCCCCAGCCAGCCAGCCCGCCCUCUUGCCCUGCCUAGCUGGCUGCGGAGGCCAGGCGGCCUCUGGCCUGGGAGCAGAAGCACUUGGCCAGCUCCUCCCCGGCGUCUCGGUCACCCGCUUUCUGCACUCUUGAUGGGCUCGCCCAGGGGCUCUCAGCCUUGGCCCCCCCCCGGCUACAGCUCCCA